GUCCUACCGUCCUUUUCGAUGUCCGCCACGAUUCCAUGACAGGACUCUCACACAGCAAACCCUCCACGCUUCACGAGAAUAGACCACGAAAGCCCCGUUUGCCUUUUGGUUCUAUCGCGCGGCACGGGAACAGAGAGGAGUGAGAAACAUCGCCUUUGUUUUUCGUUGUAAGCAAAUCGUGAAACUCUCGUAAAUCUUCCCACCCUCACAACCCCCCUAUUACGUGGUAAAUCGGACUCAACUGCUCGUACCGAUCCAUCUAUUAUUCGCCCCUUUCAUAUUCACGACAGACCAGCACAGGGCAACAGAUCUUCUUACCCAGGACGGUGUCCCUCGGCAGCAGCAGGGCAAACUCUCUCCACCCCCCACAGAAAAGGGCAUGUCCGCUCCCGAUAGCCUGAAGAUGAUGAGUGAUCUGGCGGAUGCGGCGGACAAGUCUCGGCAGAAGAGCUGCAACGCUUGUGUACGGAGCAAGAGGCGCUGCGACAAGCAAACCCCGCGGUGCACCCGCUGUGCCGAGAAGAACUUCUCGUGCGUGUACCAAAACCUACCGCCCGCUCCUGCACCCGCCGGCGCCGGUGGUGCUGUUGGUGCUGCUGUGGCCACCAGCGGCAGCUUAGGCCCAGACAUCUCCUCGUCCUCCUCUUCCUCCGCAUGUUUUACCGUCCACGGCCAAGACGAUCCCCUCCAGGCCAUGGACAUCGAGGCGGACGGCGACGACAUCUCAUCCUUUGACUUCAACACACUUGACAAUAAUCAUCUUCUCAAUCAUCAUCAUCAUCAUCAUCAUCAUAAUAACCAACGUCAACAUCAGCAAGGUCCACAACAACAGCAGCAGCAGCCCACGCCAGCAUCAUCAUUGUUCAUCGACAACGAACUGCCGACCUUGGCGAUGAAGGAAAAUAUCAACGGCAGCGCCAGUGGCAACAGAAGCACUCCAGUGGUGCCGACGUCGCCACUGAACCUCAACAUCGACGCUGCGAACGUGACGUUUGACUUCAACACGGUCAUGGACUUUUUGACCGCCGACCCGGCGACGGGCGGCGAGAUAAAGCUCUGGGAGACGCCGAUGACGCCCGUUCUGCAAAAGAGCAUGACUCCCGAGCUGCACCAGAUGAACGAUACCAUGUGGGAAACCGAUAUGAAGGACAUGUGUCAAGAGGGUGGGUUCCAACCGUGGCAGAUUCACGAGCCCUCGUCGAGGGUUGGUCACCUCCUCGGCGUCAUCAAGAACAUGCAUAUCACCUUCGCCCAGACGAUGCAAACACCCUUCCUCCACCGCCACCUCUAUCUUGGCACUCGUGAGAUACCGCGGUCCCUGAUGGCCGCCUACACCGCCAUCUCGGCGUAUGUGGGGCGCACUGAGGCCAACAAGGACUGGGCCAUUCGCGCGCUGUGCGAGGGCACCGCCGAGGUCCUCAAGGGGUCCAAGGACGCGAAGUCGUUGUCAUCAUCGAACCUGACGGGGCACGAGAAGCUCGCUAGGGCGCAAGCGCUGUGGCUUCUGCAGACGAUCAGGUGCUACGAUGGCGAUGUGGCGCUGAGGGCCCAGGCGGAGCGGGACAUGGACGUCUUAAAGAGAUGGCUGGAGGAGCUCGAGUCGAUGAGGGACAACUUUGACGACAUGCAUAUAUUGGAAGACACAGCGUUGAGAGCGCGGCCACCAAGGUCGUGGGAGGUGUGGGUGUUCAAUGAGUGCGUGAGGAGAACGGUGUUGUUGGGGUAUGUAUUUAUAGGCCUUUAUGACAUGCUCAAGUCUGCCGGCGAGUUUGAGCCAGACCCCAAGAACUGGCUGGUGCCUCACCGGUGGACUUUCUCCAAGCACCUCUGGGAAGCCCAGUCGUCGCCAGCAUUUUACUCAGCGUGGCAUGAGAAGCCAAUGUUCCUGGCCAACGCCUUCUUCGUGCAGCGCAUCGCGCGGAUGGCGAGGCCAGCGGAUGUGGACGAUUUCGCAAAGAUAUUCCUCACCAUGAACGUUGGGGUUGAAGAGAUGAAGCAUUUUAUGCUCGAGGGUUGAGAUGGGUGACCAAGAGACGUAAGGAUCACGGUCGAUGGGCUUCUCGAAAGCCUAUGCUUAUCACACAUCUGGAGAGGGAGCCUCGGGCUCGUCCCCAGGACUGCUCUCCAGUUGACAGCCCAAGGGUCAAUUGGCCCAGCUUCAUUCACUUGACUCUCAUGCGGUUGACACCAGACCCCGAGAAUCCUCAUACACACAUUGCUGCGAGGAUAGCAUCUCCCACGGUACUUUAUGGAUUGAUUGGGUUGUCGGAUUCAGGGUAUAUGGCAUAAAUAGGAUACAAAUGCGGACGAUGAAGACAUGAACGGUUACAGCAACAAACAUCCAAUCGCUUUCUGCGAUAUGCCAGGACCGGUUCAAUGUCCUUGAAAGAUGACAAUUCUGCUGUAAUGACUCCACAAGCAGGUCUAGUCAGAAAAUCCCGUUGAGUUUUGAUGGCGAAGCAGAGCGAUGAGGGGUUUCUUGGCGUUGAUAAUCAGCCUGAUUUCUUGUGGUACUGCAGCAUUUUGGAUAGAAAACAUGUAAGGAUACAUGUAGCUUGACAAGGCGAAGGAGAAUCUGAUGAAUAUAUAAAAGAC